AUGGAGAAGCGACCAGAUGUCGACGUGCGGCCGGCUGCACGAUCCACCCGACCGGGGAUCCGGAGGUGGCUGAAGGCCGGCGGCGCCGUCUGUUUGCUCGGAGCCGCCAGUCUGUACUGUCACCAACAGAUUAUCAAAGUCUGGACACUCGAAAAUCAACCCCACACCGACAGCCCACUUACUCUUACUUGGAGGGAGUCUCCCUUCGGCCGUUUCCCUCUGCCCCAGGAUCCUUUCAAGUUCAUCCCUUGUACCAACACCUCGCUUCCGCCAGCUCUCGAUGAUCCUCACCCAGAGGAUACCUGGGCUAAGCUUUUCGACGCCGAACCAUCUCAUUGGAGCUGGGGCAAUCGAUCCGACUCAUCGCAACACGUUGAUUCGUACUAUGGUCGCGGCAUCUACCUAUGUGGCUACCUGGAUGUGCCGCUCGACUACACUAACAAAUCCGACCCCCGCAUCGUCCGCUUGGCCGUGACCAAGUUCCAGGUCUCCGGGCUUGCUCGUGUCGGCGAUCCUCUCAACACGAACAGAAAUCCUCCACCAGGAGGCAAGAGCAAACGGACUAUUGUGAUCGAACCGGGUGGUCCAGGUGGAAGCGGUACGAGGUACACCUGGCAGGUCGCCGAGAAGGUCUCGAAGCGCUUCAGCGACGGCGCUUUUGACGUUCUCGGAUGGGACCCGCGCGGUGUCAACAUCACACGCCCCUCAAUCGCUUGCUUCCCCUACGAUGUGGACCGAGAUCACUGGUCGCUUCUCACCGGCCAGUAUCUGCAGGUUUCCGAUCCCAAGCGUCAGAUCAACCUGGCAGACGCCAUGAACGAGGCCACGAUGAAGGCUUGCUGGGAAACCCAUGGCGACAUCGGGCGUUUUCUCAGCACGACGUUCGUCGCGCGCGACUUGGAGGAGAUCCGGAAGGCUAUCGGCGAAGAAGAGUUGACGGGGUAUCUUGUCAGCUACGGCACGGGUAUCGGACAGACGUAUGCCAACAUCUUCCCCCAAAGCGUUGGUCGAAUGAUUUUGGACGGCACCGAAUACGUACGCGACCACCGUCUACUUGGUGGCUUCGGCUGGACUGCUCUCGACAACGCGACGAAUGCCUGGCAUGACGGUUUUCUCGGAGAGUGCAUCAAUGCCGGACCGAAUCAUUGUGCGCUGGCUCGCUCAAAGCACGGAGAGCCUGUUGCCCUGGAAGAGCUGGAGACGCGCAUGAUAUCUCUCAUUGACUCGCUUAUCGAACGGCCUAUUGUUGGUUAUACGAAGAAGAAUGGUCCUUCUCUGGUGACCUACUCGGCUCUCGUCGCGGCCAUCUACAGUUCGCUGUACAACGCAGAAAGCUGGCCAGCCCUAGCUCGAAUGCUGUAUGAGUUAGAAGCGGGAAACUCAACACUUGCGACCUCGUUCCUCGAGAAGUCCACUUGGGAGUAUGACCCGUCGUUACCUGCCACCCCGAACAAGCGACCGUCAUCGGAUGAGUUGACCACUCUUGUCAUAUGCUCCGAUUCCUGGGAUGCGCCGCUGCCGCCCGACGGCUUGGUCUGGUGGGAGUCUCUUUGGGCCAACAUGACUACCAAGUCUUGGGUCUCUGGUGAUGCGCGAUUCUCCGACGUUUUUCCCUGUCAACAUUUCACAAAGUAUUGGCCUGAGCCGGCGGGUGUCUACCGCGGAGAUCUCAACCACACACUCAAGAAUCCAGUGUUGCUCAUUGCUGAGACCUACGAUCCUGCGACCCCCUUGCGAAACGGUAGAAGACUCUUGAACGAGAUGGGGCAGAACGCAAGAUUGAUAGCCCAUCAUGGAUACGGUCACUCAUCGAGAGACACAUCGAACUGCACGGAAUCGAUCGCGAAGAAGUACAUACUGCGGGGCGAAUUGCCUAAUGAGCAAGAGACUGCGUGCUACGCCAACGAAAAGCCGUACCUGUAUGGUGUGAAGGACAAGAGCGUCAAGACGGCAGAGGAUGAUGAAUGGGACCCUGUGGAGGUAUGGCUCGAGGCCCUUCGCUAG